AAUUCAGGGACAAUUAAAUCUCAUCCAUCUUCACCAUCAAUUCCUUUUCUCAACGCCAUUCCUGUGCUUUUAUUUUCGCCAUUGUCUCGCCUAUGUUACCAAUCAACACUUGUAGAAUUUUGUGGUCACUAGCGCAGGCACAGUCCGCCUUUGUAUGUAUAAAUACCCUUGCCUUCACUGUCAUGGUAGUUCACCCCUCAGAUUUUCGACAUCUUUACAAUGCCGCACACCCCCUGUUCCUCGUCUUCGGGCAUUCGCCUGUUCUAUCCCUUCUCAACCUUCUGCUGAUGAGAGCCUUCGUGAUACCCUCGACAAUGUCCUGCGCAAUUGGUUCCUUCACAGCGACAGUACAGAGGAUCGUUUUCGCCGUGUUCUGUCCUCUGUUGACCUCUGCGAUGGAUGUUAAGACCGAGCUCUCCAUCCUUCGUGAUGCCGCUGUCACUCUUCGCCUUGUUGCAUUCAUUGAGCAACUUGACCUCCUCUUGUCUCGGGUUGCUGCUUGUCGUCGUCUAGUGGCCCCGGGCGCCUUGCAGACGUCCCCCUUUGACAUUGAUUCUGAAGGGUAGCCCAUUAGUAAGGAGGAACCUCCUCCGGUUGACAAGAAAGAGAGAGAACGUGAGUGUUCCUGAUUUGUCGCAACUGUUCCAGAGAUAGCCG